AUGCCCAUUUCCACCAAGAUCCAGCUUGACCCGCGCGAGCGCCGCCUGCGCAACCUCCUCGUCGAUGUGGCCCGAUCCAUCGACGACGCGCCGCAGCCCGUCGUCCUGCGCUGGGCCGGCGGCUGGGUACGCGACAAGCUGCUCGGCUCCGCGAGCCAUGAUAUUGACGUCGCCAUCAACGCCAUGACUGGCGGCCAGUUCACCGCCCGCCUGCGCGAGCACUGCCAGAAGCCCGACGUCAUCGCCGCGCACAACCUCGCGCCGGGGGACAUUGGCAGCCCGCACACGGUCGCGCGCCAGCCCGACAAGUCCAAGCAUCUCGAGACGGCCAUCCUGCGCCUCUUUGGCCUGGAUCUCGACUUUGUCAACCUCCGAAAGGAGACGUAUGCCGACGACAGUCGCAACCCGCAGAUGGAAUUUGGCACGGCCGAGGAGGACGCCGUCCGCCGCGACGCCACCAUCAACGCCCUGUUUUACAACCUCAACACGGAAGAGGUCGAGGACUUUACUGGCGGCCUGGCUGACAUGGAAAAGAAGAUUAUUCGCACACCGCUAGAGCCUCUGCAAACUUUCAAGGAUGAUCCGUUGCGUGUUCUGCGACUAGUCCGCUUCUCGAGCAGACUCGACUUUUCCAUCGAGGAGGGCACAAGGCGGGUUAUGAAUGAUACAUCGGUUUUGGAGGCCUUGAAAGUUAAAAUCAGCCGCGAACGUGUUGGACAAGAACUAGAAAAGAUGCUACAAGAUCAGCAUCCUCGUUUGGCGCUGCAGCUCAUUGAUGACAUUGGCCUGUACCACGCGAUAUUCACAGACCCCACGCGCCCAGAUCUGCAGCAGCCCAACAUUGACAGGUGGCCUGUUGCAUACAACGGCCUUGAUGACAUUCUACAAACACGGACACCAGGAUCCAUUGCCGCCACUCUCAUCCACACCGACGAAUACCGCUGCAUCGCCUGGAACCUCGCCGCCGUCAGCCCCUGGAUGCGCGUGCAAGACCCCCCCGGGACCAAGAAAAAGGCCAGCGCGCUGCCCCCCGUCGGCGUCAUUGCGCGCGAGGGCUACAAGGCCGCCAACAAGCUGACCGACAUCCUGGCCGCCGCGCACCGCCACCUCGACGAGAUUCUGGCCCUCAAAAAGGACGUCCUAGACGGCGCCGCCCACAUCCGCGAGCGCGACCGCUUCGGCAUGGCUAUUCGCCGCUGGGACGCGCAGGGCGGCUCCUGGCGCCUGCAGGUCCUCGCCGCGCUGCUCACCGAGGCGCUCGAGCGGCUGCGCGUGUGGCCCAACGCGGCCGUUGUCGAGGCCAGCAGCGCAGGUGAGCACGCGACGCGGCGCGACGCAUUUGUCGCCGAGUGGCAGCAGUUCCUCGAUCAUUUGGUCGAGAUUGACGUCAUGGACGCGCCGCAGCUCAAGCGCCUGCUCGACGGCCGUGACCUGGCCAAGGCCCUUGGCGUCAAGCCCGGCAGGUGGACGGGCCAGGCGCUGGAUGUCUGCGUCGCGUGGCAGCUGCGGAACCCGGAUGCGACGGACGCGACGCCGGCUUUGGAGGAGGUGCAGAAGCGACGUAAGGAAUUGGGCAUUCCGGAUGCUCAAUAA